AUGGUUCUACAGAUGACCGGCGGAGCUAUUAGGAGUGUCUAUGGAGAUUCGCUGACGCUCACCAACUGCUCGUUCGCCAACAACAAGGCAUAUCUGCUCGGAGGUGCGGUAAUGGCUGUGGGCAGAGUGGUGGCAACCCACAGUCUCUUUGUUGAGAACAUCUGCAGCAAUCCAGCACUCAUCUAUCACCAAAC